UUCUCACGAGCCAAUCAGCGGUGCGGCGUUACAGUUUUACCGAACAAAAAUCAAAUCAAAUCAAAUCAACGCAGAAAACCGAAUAUAAUAAAGGCGGAGAGGAGAGCGGGAGACGUUUUGAUUUUCCUACCACCACCCAAACCUUCUCCGUUCCCAUCACGUCCACCGGUUCUUGAUUCUACGGCGGCGCCGGCGCCGGCCAUGCCAGUACUAAGUGCGUACGGAUUACCCAUUUCCCCUCGAUUCUUGAACAGCCCCCACCACUGAAACCUUUCCAAUUGGGUCGGGAUUUCACUGUUUCAGCUUCUUUCUGGCCAUCAGCUUCUCUGCAAUUCAUUUCUGGUCGGUUUUGACGCGGAUGUUUUCUGGGUUUUAGGUGAUUAGUCUAUUUUGUUGCCUUUUGGGUUUUCCCCCAUGAACUCUUCUCCCUCUGCUGUUGCGUUUUGCCGAGGUUUCAGACGGGUUUUGGUUCUUCUCUUACUGUCAUCUUUAUUUCUGUGAAACAUGGGAUAUGUUUCUCGGUUGAAGGUCGCUGUUUACUGGUAUUUGCAAGCUCUGUUAGGCUUCUUCUCUGCAUUCCUUUCCAGGCUGGGAAAGGGCCGUGUUGAUUCUUUGGAGAAAAGUUUGGAUUUUUCUGAAACUUCUGGGGAGUUUACUUGCGGUGAAACAGAGACGAUGAACAUGUCUGAGGAACUGAAUUCUGCCGUUCGGUCUGAGGAUUCAGAGGUCGAGUCUGAGAAGAACAGUGGCGGUUUCACUUUUAGAUUCCCGACAUACGAGGAAUUCAUUAAUGGAAAGAGAGGAAUUGGAAUUGAUGAUUCUGAAGCAAACGUUAAACAACUCGAUCUUUCUUCUAAGGAUGUGUGCUUAGAAGUUGCAUUGAACAAGGAUUUGAAGCAAUCUGAUUGCGAAGGAGAAGGUGUUUCUAAUGAAGAGAAUGGGGAUUCUGACAUUCAUGUGUGCAGCAAAGAGGAAACUGGGGUAAUAAACUUCGGAGAAAUUAAGGAUAUGAAGCAAUCUCAUUCUAAAGGAGAGGAUGUUUCUGAGAAAGAAAAUGAGAUUUCUGACAUUCAUGUAUGCAGCAAAGAGGAAACUGAUGUGACAAACUUCGGAGAAAUUAAGGAUUUGAAGCAAUCUGAUUAUGAAGGAGAAGAUGUUUCUAAUGAAGAAAAUGAGAAUUCUGACAUUCAUGUAUGCAGCAAAGUGGAAACUGAGGUGACAAACUUCGGAGAAAUUAAGGAUUUGAAGCAAUCUGAUUACGAAGGAGAAGAUGUUUCUAAUGAAGAAAAUGAGAAUUCUGACAUUCAUGUAUGCAGCAAAGAGGAAACUGAGGUGACAAACUUCGGAGAAAUUAAGGAUUUGAAACAAUCUGAUUAUGAAGCAGAAGAUGUUUCUAAUGAAGAAAAUGAGAAGUCUGACAGUGAUGUGUGCAGAAAAGAGGAAACCGAGGUUGCAAAAUUGGGAGAAGAGAAGAGAGAGUUUGGUAAAGCAGAGAGUGAUUCUCAAUGUGAUCUUGAUUUUACUGACAAGGCUUCGUUUCAAUCUGAGAAAGAUUCAUCGGUUACUGAUUCUGAUUCUUCGUCGCUUACUUUUGAGCAUAUGCAAUCUCUCAUGGGUCGUCGCUUAGUUGAUUCACACAGUGAAGGUUUCUUGUCUGAUGAGGAUUUCGGGGGAGAAGAAUUCAAGCUCAAUGACUUGAACAAUAUGGAUACCGACGAAAAUCAAGAAUUUGGUACUUCUGAUCAAGAUAAUAGUGUUGUAAUGGAUGAACAUCUUGAAGAAUUCAAGCAAGAUGGUAAUGAUAGUUAUAGCCUUGAAACUAUAGAAUCUGAGUUUUUAUCAGAGAACGAUUUUCAUGAAGGUGCAGGGAGCUUCGAGGAUUGGGGAUUAGAUGAUGAUUCUGUGACGGGAGAGGUCCUUGAAGAAUUCAAGCAAGAUGGCAACGAUAUCCUCGAAACUUUGGAACCCGAGUUUCUAUCAGAGAACGAUUUUCGUGAAGAUUGGGAACUAGAUGAUGAGUUCUUCACCAACAAUUUAUCAGAAUCUGGGAAUCUUGUGUCGGAAAACGAGUCAGAUUUCGAUUAUGGGGAUGCAAACAAGAUGGAAUCUUUGUGGGAACAUCAAGAUUUGCUCGAACAGAUAAAGAUGGAGCUCAGAAAGGUCAAGGCCAAAGGGCUACCCACAAUCUUUGAAGAGUCUGAGUCUCCCAAAAUGGAUGACUUAAAGCCUUGGAAAAUCGAUGAACGGUUCCAACGCGAAGACUGCAUAGGUGAGCUAAUGAAGUUCAACAAGAGCUACCGAGAAAGGAUGCGUAAACUCGAUAUCUUGACAUACCAAAAGCUCUAUGCAAUAGGUUUUCUGCAGAAAGAUCCUCUAAAAGAUCCAUUUCAAUUGCUCUCAACCCAGAAAUCUUCGGGUCCAGCUCUCAAAUUUUGGCCAUUCAAACAUAAAAGCGGUGAGAUUGAUCCAGUGGCAAAGUUUGUCAAGGAAAUACAGUGUGAACUGGAAGUGGUAUACGUUGGACAGAUGUGCCUUUCUUGGGAAUUCCUACAUUGGCAAUACGGGAAGGCCUUAGACCUGUGGGAUUCUGACCCGCGAGGGAUCCAUCGAUAUAACGAAGUUGCUGGAGAGUUUCAGCAGUUUCAGGUGCUCCUGCAAAGAUUCAUAGAAGACGAGUCUUUCCAAGGGCCAAGAGUGCGAUACUAUAUCAAGAGCAGAUAUGACUUCCGUAAUCUUCUCCAAGUUCCUGUUAUAAGAGAGGAUAACCUGAAGGACAGGAAGAAGGCGAUGAAAUUUGAGAAGGGUGACUUUGCCAUUACAAGCGAUAUUCUCGUGGAGAUCCUGGAGGAAUGUAUAAGAAUCUUUUGGCGGUUUGUUAAAGCUGAUAACGACUCCACCGUGCCGGUGAAAGGAGUGCACCCCGAGAUUGAAAAUGCAGAUGAUCUUGAGCUGUUAAUGGAGGUCAGAAGAAGUCUGCAAAAGAAGGAGAGGAAGCUCAGGGACACAUUGAGGAGCGAAAACUGCGUGUUGAGGAGAUUCAGAAGGUGCAGAGAUGACGACGAUGAUGAUUCAGAUCAUGUUCUUCAUUUCUUCUCACAAGUAGACAUGAAAUUAGUUUCUAGGGUUCUUAACAUGUCUAGGCUAACAACAGAGCAAUUGGUUUGGUGCCAUAACAAGCUGAGCAGGAUUCGUUUUGUAAAUAGAAGGAUUCAUGUAGACCCCUCAUUUUUGCUCUUCCCAUGUUAACAGUCUUCUCUUUAGCACA